UGAAAAUCAGGAAAGGAAGCGGAAGUGAAAAAGAAGCGACGUCAACCUGUCUUCCCUAAUACUCCGCUAGCUUCAAACUAAGAGUUGGGUCAAAUUUGUGACUUUAAAACAAUUCGUUUGGAUUUUGGAGACCCUAAAAUCUUGCUUUUUGUCACCGGAAGGGACGUUCGAGUCCGGGCUGAACCUCAGGAAGCGCCGCGCAGUGUCUGUUAGGAUGGAGGAGGUGAGGAGGAGAGCUCAGGCGCUCCUGUCCUCCUCAGGCUCGGCUCAGGAGGUGAAGGCUCAGGUCCAGGUUCUGGCCGGGAUGUCUCUGCCUCUGAGUGAGAAGUACCAGCUGCUGAGGGCAGAGGUCAUGCUGCAGGAGAACACCGCCGGCUGCAGCAAACAGGAGGCCCUGGACUGUCUCAGUAGACUGGUCAAAGCCUUGGGAAUCCUGGAGAAGUACGGGUGUAACCUGACCACCCCGACCCGGCCCAGAUACUGGAGGAGCGUCAAGCACAACAACCCGGUCUUCAGAACCACGGUGGACGCCAUCAAAGGAGGUCGGAAAGUCCUCUCCCUCUACGGAUACACCAACCAGCAGAUCGACGGCCUGAGUUUCCCCGACGACGUCGGCGAGCCGGACGUUGAAAAAGUGUCUGCAGUGACGCUGGAGGUGAUGAUGCUGCGCACAGAGGUGGACAUGCUGGUGAAGGGCGUGCACCCCCACCCCGAACACUUCAAAGACAUCGUCCCGUUUCUCACCCAGAAGAGUGAGCCUCAGGUUGAGCCUCCAGCUGCCUCAGAGGAGAAACCGCUGAAGCCCUCGCCUCCGCCUAAACCUGACCUGCAGGUGGAGUUUGCAGAGCUGAAGCUAGACUCUCCCAGUGACUGCAGUCUGUGCGCCAUGACGUCGUCUGUCCUGUGCUCGUCCUGUAACGGACGCGCUUUCUGCGACGCUUGCGACGACCUCUUCCACCGCCACCCGUCCAGAGCCAGCCACAAGAGAACCCAGAGAAAAGACUCCACCCAAGAGUCCUGCAGCAUCUGUGGCAUUUCCUCCGCCCACGUUCACUGCUCCACCUGCGCUCAGAAGCUGUGCGUGAACUGCGACAAGCUCUUCCACACCCACCCGGACCGCAGAGGGCACAGCAGGACCACCAUCGGGUCGAACAAAGCGUCCAGCUCCUCUCCAUCCUCCUGGGAGUGCGCCCACUGCACCACCGUGAACGAGAUGAGAGCCGUCCUCUGCACCACCUGCGAACGGCCCCGACUCGCCACGGCCGCGCCCGCUGUGCAAGACGGCUCCAUGGCUGCCCCCAUGUCCCCAAACGCAGAAUGGCAGUGUAAGAGCUGCACCGUCCUGAACCAAGGCAGCAGCAUCCUCUGCGAGGUGUGUGAGCGCCCCCGUCUAGCCACGCGCCCGCCGGUCCCGUCUGUCCUGACGAGUCCUGGAUUGGUGUCAGACUGUAAAGCAAAGUGGACGUGUCAGUUCUGCACCUUCGUCAACAUCAGGCCGUCUGCGCUCUGUGAGAUGUGCGGGCUGUCCUGUAAGGACUCCGCCGCGGUGUCUCUGCCGCAGUCGCUCCAUCAGACGGCGCCCGUCCCAAAGGAGGCGCCUUGUCCGGAGGUGAAGCCGCAGCCGAAGCCCAGAGUGAACAUGGAGCUAAACCGGCAGAAGAAGAUGAUGGAGGACGGGCUGGCUCUCAUCCAGCAGAUCAGGGAAGCGGAGAAGCGCGGCGUGAGCCCAGAGGAGGUGUACGCCGCCCGCUUCAUGUGUGGCGGCAGUAACGCCAACCCCUGUGACUGGCUGACCUCAGAGCUGCCUCACCUGCUGGACGAGGUCUGCGCCAUGGCGGCGUCGGUCCAGCUCAGCAACCAGGCGGGCGGCACCGGGACGCGACCUUUGGUGGACAGAGACGGACGUGAGGCGCAGCAGAACGCCGCCGCUGAAGGCGUGAAGCUGUCCAGAGCCGAGGCCAAGGUGGCGUGGUUAGCAGCGGGAGGAGACACCGAGCGAGCCGCCAGACAGAUGCUGAGAGACCGGAAGGUUAAGAUGAAGGAGCUCCACUCUCUGGGCUUUCGGGACGUGUCCCAGUGCGAGGAGGCCCUGCGGCAGAGCGGGGGCCAGGUGAAGGGGGCCCUGUCUCUGCUUCAGCGCCCUCUACUGGAGCCGUUCCACCAACGGAUCUGGACCGACCAGUCGGAGCCGCAGAUCGACCCCGGAGACCCGGACAAGCAGAGGAUGUGCAGACGGCUGCUGGCGCUGUACGACUUGCCCAGCUGGGGGCGCUGUGAGCUGGUGCUGUCUCUGCUCCAGGAGCCGGACGUCAGUUACUCCCUGGAGGACGUGGUCCACGCGGUGAAGGAGUCACAUGACAAAGACUUCAUCAGGCGCCUGCUGAACAACGAAUGCCCCGUCUGUCUGUGCAUCUUCCCUCGCAGUAAGAUGCAGUCCCUGACCUCCUGCCAGUGCUCCGUCUGCCACGAGUGUUUCAGCCAGCACUUCACCGUGGCCAUCAGGGACAAGCACAUCCGGGACAUGGUGUGUCCCGUGUGCGGAGAGCCCGAUAUCAACGACCCGGAGCAGCUGGACAGCUACUUCUCCACGUUGGACAUCCAGCUGCGGGACUGCCUGCUGUCCGACGUCUAUAACUUGUUCCACAAAAAGCUGAUGGAGCACACGCUGAUGAAAGACCCCAAGUUCCUGUGGUGCUGCCAUUGCACCUCUGGGUUCAUCAACGAUGGAGACCAGCUGAAGGUCACCUGCCCUACGUGCCACAAGAGCUUCUGCGCCAAAUGCAAGAAAGCGUGGGAGCCCCAGCACCAGGACGUCUCCUGUGAGCAGUUCCAGCAGUGGAAGAGGGACAACGACCCGGAGUACCAGAAGCAGGGCCUGGCCGGUUACCUGAGAGACAACGGCAUCACUUGUCUCCAGUGUGGCUUCCAGUACGCGCUGACCAAAGGCGGCUGCAUGCACUUCACCUGCUCCCAGUGCCGGUACCAGUUCUGCAGCGGCUGCAACAACCCGUACCACAAGACUUUAUGUAAAACUCCUCAGUGCAGUUACCCCGGGCUGCACGCCCACCACCCUCGGGACUGCCUCUUCUACCUGCGGGACUGGGAGGCGGCCCGGCUGCAGGCGGUGCUGCAGAGGAACCGAGUCGGCUACAACACGGAUCCGUCCAGCGGAGUUCAAACCGACGCCUGCAGCGUGAUGGAGCAGAAAGACGAAGCCGGGCAGCAGGUGGACUCUCCCUGCGGCAUCCAAACGCAGCCGGGUCAGGCCGGACUGUGCGACAAACACUACAGGGAGUACCUGGUGAGUCUGAUCAACGCUCACUCCCUGGAUCCGGCUCUGCUCUACCAAACCCACGAGCUGGUCCGGGCCUGCGAGCGGUACCAGGUGGACCCGCAGAGGGCAGACGGCGAGGGCGACGACGAUUACCACGCUCGCCUGCUGAAGAAACUGAUGGAGGUUCCUCUGGGGGAGAAGGUUCCUCGAAAAACAUGAAGAAACUCAGCAGAAACUCGGCUUCAGUUUCAGAGAGAAGUCCAGUGCUGACUGAUGACUUCUCCAGGAUGGUUUGUGGUCUUCUGUGGUUAUUUUGGCUUAAAGCCACGAAUCAUUUUAAUGUUUGAAGAUCUGAUUGUUUGAGUGUCUAAUCUGCUCAAACAUCUUUUCUGGUGAAUAAAAAGGCUGAAACAGCUGGAACUAUGAUUGUAGUUUUUUAAAUGUUGGAUUUACCUGAAUAAACCUGAAAUGAGACUUUU